AUGAGGCUGCUGGUGUCUCUCCUGCUGGUCACGUUGGCCCUUUGCUGCUACGAAGCUCACGCCAAAGCCGACACCAGACCGUGCCCACACAUUCUCGCUGAAAAUUUCAACUUCUUGUUUGGCACUGAGAAGAGCCUGAGGAAGCAACUUGGAAUCUACAAUGCCCCUCCAGGAGCUCCGGAGGCUUUGCUGAAAGUGAAGGAAUGCACAGACAACAUGUCCAUUAAGGAGAGAGUACUAGUUUCAUUAGCACUGGUAAUUCCUUUCUCCUUUAUGCAUUGA